AUGGGACCCCCAAAUCAUUCCUGGAACCCUCCAAAACCCCCACCUGAGACACCCAGACCCCCACCAAACCACCUGGGACUCCCCAAAUCAUCUCAAGAACCCCCAAAUCCUACCUGGGAUUCUCCAAUCCUACUUGGGACCCCUAAAUCACCCCAGGAACCCCAAAUCCCACCUGGGACCCCCCAAAACUCACCUAGGACUCCCAAAUCCCACCCGUGA